GAAAAACGACAAAGCUUUAUGAGAUUUCGAUAGAGAUGGUGGAGCAUUGAGGUCUCUCAAGUCUCUUUACUCGAUAUACAUGCUUGGGAAUAUUUAUCUGUGCGCGUCGCGUCUGGUUUUGCCUCGCGUCUUGCCACCGUUUCCAUCCUUUACAGUAUUGGGGGAGAAACUACGGUUCCAAGGUUGUCAACAAGAAGCCAACACUAGGGCCGCAAUCAUUUGAGAGGCUUUGUUCCUGUCUACGCACAAACACAUAACACCCAGACACCACAGUCAAAAGCAAUGUCAUCCCAGAACCAGCCUGGCAGUUCCGGUCUGCAGGGUCACGUCACUGAUGGUUAUGCGGCUAUCGACUUUGGAAGCACGUCGACACGGGCCUAUCUGAAAACAUCCAACAGAAAGAAAGAGCCACUGAAGGGCUACCGCGUUCAAAAGACAGGCGUGGAUGAUGACAAGAAGAAGCGCUUCCUUCGAGGAGAAUGGCCCUCCAAAGGCUGCCCUUUCGACUACCCGUACCCUGUCGGCUACGAUGCGGCGGGGCCAGAGCACGCCGAUAAACGUGACCGUUCGCUCAAGAGUUUUGUGUGGUUCCUGGCUGAUGAUGACGACAAGCAUCCAUACACUAGAGACCUGAAGGACUACCACAACUCGCUGUCCGGAGCACAAGAGAAGCAGGAGUUUCGAGAGAGGCUGAAAUCCAUGCUUGUAAGGCAUCUGGCUAUCGUGGCGGAACAGAUUCGUCGAGAGGCCGUGUUGCGCGAGAUAACCAUCCGGAGCCUGGUACUCUGCGUCCCCAAUGCUUGGGACAAGCCCAACUUCCAGGACGUCCUCAGACCUAUCAUGGACGAGGUGGCUGAGACGAUAGCUCGGGGGCUUGAGACGUAUUGCGUUUUUGAAUCGGAAGCGCUUGCACAGUACAUUCUUCAUGACGAAUCCUAUGUCUUGAAGGAUCGAGACUUCGUUCUUGUCUGUGACUUUGGCGGCCACUUCAUGGGUGGGAGUCUCUUCCAAUUCUGCCGGGACAGUGCCAACGAUAAUCAGCCCGCCUUCUUCUCCCUGCCGCACGGCAACUUCGGCAUUCGUGGGGGUUCACAGCUUUGGGAAGACCAUGCUCUCCCUUACAUCGACGCGUAUGUAGAAUCCAAGGGUCUACCCGCAGAAAGGGCGACUGUGCUUCGAGCCAGGCUCCUGCUCAUGUUCUUCAUCGACAAGGGUGACGUGAAUGAAACUUGGUACGAGAGUGGUCAGCAUUUGCAUUUGCGCACGUCAAUCACAGAUAGAUUCCCUGAUGAUACCACUACGUAUUAUGUGCUCAUCAAGCCAGCCGAUGUAAAGCAGACGUGGGAGCUCGCUUUCAGGGAAGCCAUCGAUCUGGCAAUCAAAAAAGUUCGGUCGCUUCCCGCACCUCAAUCAGACAGAACACUUGUCAUUCUCUCGGGAGGGAGUAUGCAGAACUAUCACGCGAGGGCUGAGGUGAAGCAAGCGUGCGAGACACUUGGUAUAAGCUGUAAAGUCGUGGGUUUUGAUCUCAGCGUUGAGUCAAGCAAAUGGUCGGUCUGUCAAGGUGCCGCUACGUCCGAGGCAUGUGCCAAGAGCCCCAAGCAGUUCUUUCAGCUCGGCGCGGCGAUCGCAGUCCAGACGUACACAAGAGCAGGCGACCACGAGACCCAAGCGGGUUUGCUGUUUAACCAUGGCCAGCAAAAGGAGUUGCGCUUAUCGGGCCUCCACUCGACGGGGCAGCUGGAGCGCUUUGAGUACACCUCUAGACAAGAAGUCGAGAUCCAUUUGGGACGCCGUGCGCAGAAAAAGUUCAAGCUUGUCUGCGACCCAAUGUAUGAGCGGCACCCCCUCCAAUAUCCAAAAGGCUUUAUCACCAUCGAGUCUGGUGGUACCGCCGCGCACAACAGCUGUUAUGACAUUUGGGAAGUCAGCACACACUUCGAGGCGAGACGCACGGACGGCUCCAUCGUUGCCACGCAGAUACCCGAUGGCAGAUGGUUUAUUCAAGUGGAUAGUGUCGAGUACCACGAAAAUGGACUUGAUGCUAAUUUGCACUUGCACCUGAAGAGAGAAAAAACAAGGGCGGGCAAGAAGAACCUCCGAACUCGACCCCACUACACGUUCGACCUGCCGCUCACGUCCUGUGGAUCGAGCAAUAUCGUUCAAUUGGACCAUGACCGGAUCAGAGACAGGCUAUGGAAGUUCCAACGGGCGGAGACCAAGCUGCCGCAGUCAGUGUCAGGGCAGGAGUCAGCUGGUGAGGAUGAACCGGUCGCUAAACGCAACCGGACGGCGUUAUCCCCCCCCGAGGAACCGUACCAUUCUGGCUACCAGUUAGCUGGAAUGGACCUACCAGCGGAAUCUCAGCGGUCGGAGAACGAGUUCUUCGCUGUCGACUCUCCCGAAGCUCCUGGUCUGGCCAUGUCCUUCCAGACGGUCGUCAAUUCCCAGCCAAUGGCCGGGACUCGACUUGCAACUUCGCGGCUUGACGAAUUUGAAGACGACUCUUACAUCAGAGGCAAGACUCCGACGUCGUCGACAGAAUCACUGCGCAGUUUGAAGCGGGAAAUAAGCCCAAAGGCACGACCGCAGAUGCAGGCGCAUGCGUGCAUUUCGGAUAUGAGAAACACCUGGAACCGCACAGACUAUGACUCAGAAUCCUCAGAGAGCAUUGCGGCCAUGCCUUACUCCCCUGAUUCUUUCAGUGCCGAUUUUAGGAGUCGCCCGUUUUAGGUUUUGCCUGACUUGCGGAGAGACAGGUUGCAUAUCGAGGGCCAUUCGACCCACACAUUCUUUCCUGGGACGCGUAGUGGGGUUCCUGUUGUGAAGUUUGUGGACUGAUGCGAGCAUUUCAUUCAGCCAAGUCAAGAUUUCAUUCGCUGACUGUUUGUCUUCCGAUCAUCCUCGGCGAGCAAAGCGUUGAUAUCUCUCGGAGCGUGUAUUUGUUGAUUUCAAGCCGUCGAAGAUCUUGUUUUUCAAAUUGAUGAGUGGUUAAAAGCGAUGAUAUAGCGCGAUAGGGCUCCCUGCUUCUGGUAAGCUGGAAAAAUUUUGUUUCGGAUAGGCCGUUCGAGUUUCAUAUAUUGAUUGACCUGAAGUCUGCUUUGGAAUGAGGGGAGUGAUAGGAUGCAAUCAUUGUUGUUCUCGACUUCGCGAAAUAUUUGUACUCAAGAAGGAUCUUUAACCAGAACAUUUGAACCUACUUUUCCA